AUGCAGGCUCGCUACUCGGUGUCCAGCCCUAACUCGCUGGGAGUGGUACCUUACCUCGGCGGCGAGCAGAGCUACUACCGGGCGGCAGCCGGAGGGGGCUACGCGGCCAUGCCUGCCCCCAUGAGCAUGUACUCGACUCACCCGGCAGCUCAUGAGCAGUACCCGAGCGGGGGCGGCGGCGGCGGCGGCAUAGGCAGGCCGUACGGGCCGUACCCACCGCAGCCCCAGCCCAAGGACCUGGUCAAGCCGCCCUACAGCUACAUCGCGCUCAUCACCAUGGCCAUCCAGAACGCGCCCGAGAAGAAGAUCACGCUGAACGGCAUCUACCAGUUCAUCAUGGAGCGCUUCCCCUUCUACCGGGACAACAAGCAGGGCUGGCAGAACUCCAUCCGGCACAACCUCUCGCUCAACGAGUGCUUCGUCAAGGUGCCCCGCGACGACAAGAAGCCCGGCAAGGGCAGCUACUGGACCCUCGAUCCGGACUCCUACAACAUGUUCGAGAACGGCUCCUUCCUCCGCCGACGCCGCCGCUUCAAGAAAAAAGACGCCGUGAAGGACAAGGAGGAGAAGGAGCGCCUCCAACUUAAGGAGCCGCCGCCGCCGCCGCCUCCUCGGCACCAGCCGCAAGAGGGAGGCCAGCAGCAGCAGCAGCAGCAGCAGCCGCCUCCCCCCGUCAGGCUCCAGGACAUCAAGACGGAGAACGGCUCCGCGUCUCCCCCGCAAGCCCUGUCCCCGCUGGGAGGAGCGCCAGUGCCCAAGAUCGAAAGCCCCGAGAGCUCCAGCACCAGCAGCCUCUCCAGCGGGGUCGGCGGCGGCGGAGGAGGAGGCAGCCCGCGCGGUGGCCGAGCGCUGGGCUUGGAGUCCAGCGGAGCAGCCGAGUCCCAGCCGCAGAAUCAGCACCACCCCCACCAUCCGCACCCGCACCAGCACCCCCAUCACCAUCAUCCGCACCCCCACCACCACGCCGCCCUCCACCAUCCCCCGGCGCACCAUCAUCCCGGAGGGGGAGGGGGAGGCGGCGGCUUCAGCGUGGACAACAUAAUCAUGACCUCCCUGCGCAGCUCGCCGCAAGGCGCCUCCGCCGAGCUCCUGGCUUUGCCGCCGUCCGCCGCCUCUUCCGCGGCCUCCUCAUCGUCCUCCUCGUCCAGCGCCUCCACCUCCAGGACAGCCUCUCUGGCCCUGAGCAGCUGCUACUCCCCGGUGGCGGCCGCGGCGCAGAGCUCGCUCUACAGCGCCCCCUGCAGUCAGGGCGUCAACACCACCAACAGCGCGGGAAGCGCGGCCUCGCCAGUGGGCGGCGGCACCAACACGAGCAGCAGUUACCACUGCAACUUGCAGGCCAUGAGUCUCUACGCGGCCGCCGCCGCUGCAGCCGCCGCCGCCGGCGGGGGAGGGACGGGGGGCAACGGCGGAGGGGACCGAAGCGGCGGGGGCCACCUGGGGAGCAGCCCCGUCGAGCCGGACCCGCUGCCCGAGUACAGCCUGGCGGCCAGCAGUAGCAGCAGCGCCUCCUCCCUCAGCUUGAGCCCUCCGGAGGGGCACCCGCAAGGCGGCGGCCGCUUGGCCUCUUGGUACCUCAACCAAGCCUCGGCGGUGGGCGAGCUCACGCAUUUGGCGCCCGCCUCGGCUGCCGCGGCCACGUCGGCCUCCUCCUCCUCCUCCCCGGCGGGCUACCCGGGCCAGCAGCAGAAUUUCCACGCCGUGAGGGAAAUGUUCGAGUCCUCCCAGCGGCUGGGCUUGAACAACUCUCCGGGUAAUGGCAGCGGCGCGGCCAGCAGCUGCCAAAUGGCCUUUCCCGCCAGCCAAACCCUUUAUCGCCCUUCAGGCGCCUUCGUCUACGACUGCAGCAAGUUUUGACCGCCGGGAGCGGGAAAGGGAAGGAG